AUGUCCGCCGAUCCGAAUGCCCCCACAGCUCUCAACCUCGACGAUGAGCCAUAUGAGUCGGCUGAGGAUGAGGAUUUCCAGCUCGAUCCGGCACAAGAUGAGUCCGAGCUAUCCUCAUCCGACGAGGAAACCGCCGAACCCGCCAAAAAGAAGCGCAAGACCGAUAAGAAAGAUGAGCUCGUUGCAGACGAGCUAGAUUCUGGCGAUGAAGCAACAAUACAGAAGGCGCGAGAGAGACGGAAUAAAUUGAAGAAGAAAAAGGGAAAGGGCAAGGGCAAGAAUGUGGAGGACGACGAGGAUAUUGAUCUAGACGAGGAUGAGGAAGGGGGAACUGGAGGGUUUGUGCGGACACGUGCAAUGAAGAAGCAUAUACAGGAAGAGGAGCGUAAACCGCUGGCUCGAAUCGACGGCGCGACGGUCGAUGUCGAUGCCCUGUGGGUGCAGAUGAACGCCCCCGAGAGUCAACUGGGCCUGCAAGCAUCCCAGAUCGAGCACAAGCAUGAACCGACGCCAGACGAACCCGACGGUGUCGCCGAUACGAGCGCGCCAAAUCAGGGCGCCCCAGAACCGGAGGACAAGACGCGCCAUGGCCAGCACAGAGAACAAAUGGUGAAGAUCAAGCGCACAUACAAGUUUGCCGGCGAGAUGAUCACUGAGGAGAAAGUGGUGCCUAAGGACUCUGCCGAGGCAAAGGCGUUCCUGUCUAGCGGCGAUAAUGUGGAAUACGCCGAGGUCGAAGAUGCGGAUGGGUUGAAAAGCACUCGCAACUUGCGCCGUCCGCUCCGCAAGAUCUCUCGAUUUGACCCGAACCCGACUGGUUUGAUCAAGAAGAGCUGGGAGAAACAAGCUAUCACAGAUGCAGGCGCAACUGGGCCCAAGAUCAACACUGUUGAGAAAUCCAGACUCGACUGGGCGCAGUAUGUGGAUCAAGCUGGGAUCAAGGAUGAACUGCGGACACACAGCAAGGCCAAGGAAGGGUAUAUGGGCCGUAUGGACUUUUUGGGACGCAUGGAAUCCAAGAGAGACGAUGAAGCCCGACAGGCCCGUCUCAGAGGCAUGUGA